AUGGUUCUUGCUGCUCGUGGUGGGCAAGCAGCCUCUCUGCUGCGCCAGCGCUGCCUCGCUGGGGCUCGCCCUGCGCUGCGCCCAUUCUCCUCCUCCUCUUCCUCUCUCCGCUCCGUGACCGCAUCCCCAACCGCGACUCUGCGCCUGCAGAAGCUCACGCCCGCCCGCUCCAACCAGCUGCGCUCCUUUUCGACGACACUGCACCGUCUAGCUGCUGAUGCCCAGACGGCGCCCCAGGCCGAGUCUUAUCUCGCCAGCGGCGUGGUCAAGCCCGGCAGCAACCUCGUCGAUGUGAAGAAGGUGCUGGUCAUCGGUAGUGGUGGUCUGAGUAUUGGUCAGGCCGGCGAGUUCGAUUAUUCUGGCUCCCAGGCCCUCAAGGCCCUCAAGGAGGCCGGCGUCCAGUCUGUCCUGAUCAACCCUAACAUCGCCACCAUCCAGACCGACCACAAGCUUGCCGACGAGGUCUACUACCUGCCCGUCACCCCGGAGUACGUCACUCAUGUCAUUGAGCGCGAGCGGCCCGAUGGCAUCCUGCUCACCUUCGGUGGCCAGACCGGCCUGAACCUGGGUGUGCAGAUGAAUCGUAUGGGUCUCUUCGAGCGCUACGGCGUCAAGGUGCUCGGCACGAGCAUCCAGACCCUGGAGACCAGUGAGGACCGUGACCUGUUCGCCAAGGCCCUGAACGAGAUCAACAUCCCCAUCGCCGAGUCGAUCGCUGUCGGAACCGUCGACGAGGCCUUGGAGGCGGCCGAGACCGUUGGCUACCCCAUCAUCGUCCGGUCUGCCUAUGCUCUGGGUGGUCUGGGCUCGGGCUUCGCUUCCAACCCCGAGGAGCUGCGCAACUUGUCCGCCCGGUCGCUCACUCUCUCUCCCCAGAUCCUGGUCGAGAAGUCCCUCAAGGGCUGGAAGGAGGUCGAGUAUGAGGUCGUCCGUGAUGCCGCCAACAACUGUAUCACUGUCUGCAACAUGGAGAACUUCGACCCUCUGGGUAUCCACACCGGUGACAGUAUCGUCGUGGCCCCGAGUCAGACUCUGUCGGACGAGGAAUACCACAUGCUCCGUACCGCUGCCAUCAAGAUCGUCCGUCACUUGGGCGUCGUUGGCGAGUGCAACGUCCAGUACGCUCUGCAGCCGGAUGGCCUCGACUACCGUGUCAUUGAGGUCAACGCCCGUCUCUCCCGCUCGUCUGCUCUGGCCUCCAAGGCGACUGGGUACCCGCUUGCCUACACCGCCGCCAAGAUCGGUCUGGGCCACACUCUGCCCGAGCUCCCCAAUGCCGUGACCAAGACUACCACGGCCAACUUCGAGCCCAGCUUGGAUUACAUUGUCACCAAGAUCCCCCGAUGGGAUCUGAGCAAGUUCCAGCACGUCAACCGUGACAUUGGUAGCGCCAUGAAGUCGGUUGGUGAGGUCAUGGCGAUUGGCCGUACCUUUGAGGAGUCCCUGCAGAAGGCUAUCCGCCAGGUCGACCCCAAGUACAUUGGUCUCCAGGGUGACCACUUCGAGAACCUCGACGAGGUUCUGCAGAACCCGACUGACCGCCGGUGGUUGGCCGUCGGCCAGGCCAUGCUCCACGAGAACUACUCCGUGGACAAGGUGCACGACCUGACCAAGAUCGACAAGUGGUUCCUGUACAAGAUCCAGAACAUCGUGGACUGCCACAACGAGCUCAAGGAGAUUGGAAGCCUCUUCGGUAUUAAGAAGGAGAUCAUGAUGAAGGCCAAGAAGCUUGGUUUCUCCGACAAGCAAAUUUCUCUCCUGGUUGGCUCGACUGAGGAUGACGUCCGCGCUCGCCGCAAGUCCUUUGGCGUCACCCCGUGGGUCAAGAAGAUCGAUACCCUGGCUGCCGAGUUCCCCGCGGACACCAACUACCUCUACACCACGUACAACGCCACCUCGCACGAUGUGACCUUUGAUGACCACGGCACCAUCAUUCUGGGCAGCGGUGUGUACCGUAUCGGUAGCUCUGUCGAGUUCGAUUGGUGCGCUGUCAACGCUACCCUCUCCCUCCGCAACAUGGGCAAGAAGACCGUUAUGAUCAACUACAACCCGGAGACCUACUCGACCGACUUUGACACUGCCGACAAGCUGUACUUCGAGGAGCUGAGCUAUGAACGUGUGAUGGAUAUCUACGAGCUCGAGGCUGCCAGCGGUGUUGUCGUGUCUGUCGGUGGCCAGCUGCCGCAGAACAUUGCUCUUCGCCUGCAGGAGAAGGGCGGUGCUCACGUUCUCGGCACGAACCCCGAGGACAUCGACAAGGCCGAGGACCGUCACAAGUUCUCCCAGAUCCUGGACAGCAUUGGCGUCGACCAGCCCGCCUGGAAGGAGUUGACCUCCGUUGCUGAGGCCGAGCGAUUUGCCGAGUCUGUUGGAUACCCCGUCCUGGUCCGUCCGAGUUACGUCCUGUCCGGUGCCGCCAUGAACGUCAUCUACAGUGUUGACGAGCUGAAGGAGAAGCUCCUCAACGCUAGCGCUGUCUCCCCGGACCACCCUGUCGUCAUCACCAAGUUCAUCGAGGGUGCUCAGGAGAUUGAUGUUGACGCUGUCGCUUCCAACGGCAAGCUCCUACUGCACGCCGUCAGCGAGCACGUCGAGCCCGCUGGUGUCCAUUCCGGCGACGCCACUCUCGUUCUGCCCCCCGCCAACCUGGAAGAAACCAUCAUGUCCCGCGUGAAGGAGAUCGCCGAGAAGGUCGCCAAGGCCUGGAACAUCACCGGCCCCUUCAACAUGCAGAUCAUCAAGGCCGACCAGGAGGGCGCUGAGGCUCAGCUCAAGGUCAUUGAGUGCAACCUGCGCGCCUCGCGCUCCUUCCCCUUCGUCAGCAAGGUCCUAGGCAAGAACUUCAUCGACGUCGCCACCAAGGCCCUCGUCGGCCGUGAUGUCCCCGAGCCCGUUGACCUCAUGCAGGAGAAGCGCGACUACGUCGCAACCAAGGUGCCGCAAUUCAGCUGGACCCGUCUCGCAGGCGCAGACCCCUUCCUAGGCGUGGAGAUGUCGUCGACCGGCGAAAUCGCCUGUUUCGGCAAGGACCUCGUCGAGGCCUACUGGGCGUCUCUGCAGUCGACCAUGAACUUCCGCAUGCCCGAGCCCGGCGAGGGCAUCUUGCUGGGUGGAGAUAUCAACCAGCCCACCCUCGCCAAGAUUGUCGAGUACCUCCAGCCCCUGGGCUACAAGUUCUUUGCUGCCAGCCCCGAGGUCAAGGAUCACAUCGAAUCAUCCGCUAAGGACGCCGUCACCGUGCAGGUAAUUGAGUUCCCGAAGCAGGAUAAGCGCGCUCUGCGUGAGGUCUUCCAGAAGUAUGAUAUCCGAGGCUGCUUCAACGUUGCCAAGACCCGUGGCAAGACCCUCCUCGACGAGGAUUAUGUUAUGCGCCGGAAUGCUGUUGACUUUGGUGUGCCUCUGUUCAUGGAGCCCAAGACUGCCCUUCUCUUCGCUCAGUGCAUGAACCAGAAACUCCCCCGCCAAGAAGGCACCCCCAGCGAGGUCCGCAGCUGGUCCGAGUUCGUGGGCGGCAAGCUGCUGUAA